GAGCGCUAUUUCCUCUCAUUGUCAAGCGGUCGUGAGCAGGAAGCGGGAAAUGAAAACAGAUAGCCUCCUGAGGGCUGGGUCUCUUAAAAUGCCAUGAGUCCACAUGCAGAGUCAGAACAUUAGCACAGCACACCAGAUGGAAACUUGUAGUUAAAUCGUCAGUUCUUACUUCUGGACAACCGAGGACCUGCGCCAGUGGUGUGAAUCAAAUUUUAUUUUUAGCCUGAAAGCGAAACUAUUUGUUAUAUUGUUGAGCUGCAACAUUUUCCGAAAAAAAAUAAAGGACACUGAAUUUGACAGCACACUGUCGACCAUAAUUUCAAAGACAGCGAGCGAGCACUGAGCAUCCUUUGUAGCGCAACAGAGCUCUACUGAAAUCUGUAAAACAUGGACGAAGUAGCGGAAAUUCUCUGAGGUGUUUACGUUCUCGCAAAAAACACAGUAGUUUGAGUCCUGCUAUAUAACCAAGGCUGACCAAUUUAAAAUGGCAUCUACAAUCGAGAGGAAAACCCUGGAGGCUAACGAAGAACCAGUCGAUGAGGUCCUGCAGAUGCCUCCAUCAAUGCUAACAUGUGGUGGUUGUCAGCAAAACAUCGGAGACCGCUUUUUCCUCAAGGCCCUAGAGCAGUAUUGGCACGAGGAUUGCCUAAGCUGUGACCUUUGCAGCUGCCGACUGGGAGAGGUUGGCCGGAGACUCUACUAUAAACUAGGAAGGAAGCUGUGUCGAAGAGACUACCUCAGACUGUUUGGACAGGAUGGAUUAUGCUCUUCCUGUGAGAAGAGAAUUCGUGCCUUUGAAAUGACCAUGCGAGUGCGUGACAAAGUGUACCACCUUGAGUGUUUCAAGUGUGCAGCCUGUCAAAAGCACUUCUGCGUUGGAGACCGCUAUCUGCUCAUCAACACAGACAUUGUGUGUGAGCAGGACAUUUUUGAGUGGACUAAACUCAACAACAGUAUGGUGUAAUGUUUCAAAGCUUUUCCUGCUUUGCAAUUUUCAUCACUGACUUUUUUGGAAUGUAUUGUUAAAGUGGAAAAUGUCUGUUUCCUUCAGUCCAUCAACAUUUUGCUAAGACUGAUUAAAAAACUUUCUUCUGGGAAAAUCAAAAGUAUGUUUUUGAUGUAAAAUGCAAUAAUAUCACACAGUGAUGCUGUUUUUGCAGAUA